GCCCAGUCCUUUCCACCCCCGUGGCUGUUGCUUCCAGAGCACGACUGAUCUGCUUCUCUUUAGUGGAUGCUUCAGGAGAGGAGCAGGUGGCUCUUGGCCAGGGACACAUCACAAGUCUUCAUCUCUUGGUACCAACCCCACUCCCAGCUGUGUUCCGCAGUGCACACUGAGCAUCUCCCUGCAGUGUAACUUGGUGUCUGAAGAUUGCACAGUGGUCCCCGCCCUCCAGAGGAGCUGGAGGCUCCAGCUCAGUGAAGCUCUUACUGUCUGGAGCUUUGCUCUGGGAAACACCUUGCAGGGACCUGGCUGAGAGCCACUGCCCAGUAUUGCGCUCACCAUGGAGGUGAAGAACUUCUCAGCUUGGGACUAUGUUGUCUUUGCAGCUCUCUUCGUGAUUUCCUCUGGAAUUGGAGUGUUCUUUGCCAUCAAGGAGAGGAAAAAGGCCACAUCCAAUGAGUUCCUGGUUGGGGGAAGACAAAUGACCUGCGGGCCUGUGGCCUUGUCCCUGACAGCCAGUUUCAUGUCAGCUGUCACCGUCUUGGGGACCCCUGCGGAGGUCUACCGCUUUGGGGCCUCCUUCAUCCUCUUCUUCAUCGCCUAUGGGCUUGUUAUUGUCUUCACAUCGGAGCUCUUUCUCCCUGUGUUCUACAGAUCUGGCAUCACCAGCACCUACGAGUACCUACAACUGCGCUUCAACAAAUCAGUGCGCUACGCAGCCACCAUCAUCUACAUUGUGCAGACGAUUCUCUACACAGGGAUAGUGGUGUAUGCGCCUGCCCUGGCUCUCAAUCAAGUGACCGGGUUUGACCUCUGGGGCUCGGUGUUUGCCACGGGGAUCGUCUGCACCUUCUACUGCACGCUGGGAGGAUUAAAAGCAGUGGUGUGGACAGAUGCAUUUCAGAUGAUUGUCAUGAUUGUGGGCUUCUUAACAGUUCUCAUUCAAGGCUCCAUUAAAACCAAUGGAUUCCACAAUGCACUAGAGCAUGCUGGAAAUGGAUCCCGACUGCAGAUAGUUGAUUUUGAUGCAGAUCCUCUCCGGAGGCACACGUUUUGGACAAUCGCAGUUGGAGGCACGUUUACAUGGCUCGGCAUCUAUGGAGUCAAUCAAUCCACCAUACAGAGAUGCAUCUCUUGCAAAACAGAAAAGCAUGCGAAGCUGGCCUUGUACUUUAACUUGCUGGGCCUCUGGACCAUCCUGUUGUGUGCCGUCUUCUCAGGAUUAAUCAUGUAUUCCUAUUUCAAAGACUGCGACCCUUGGACUUCUGGCAUGAUCUCAGCACCCGACCAGCUGAUGCCGUAUUUUGUCAUGGAACUGUUCGACAAAAUGCCAGGACUUCCAGGACUUUUUGUGGCCUGUGCCUUUAGCGGAACUCUGAGCACUGUGGCUUCGGGCAUCAAUGCCUUAGCAACCGUGACCUUUGAGGAUUUCGUCAAGAGCUGCUUUCCCCAUCUCUCAGACAAGCUGAGCACUUGGACCAGUAAAGGCUUAUGUCUCCUGUUUGGCGUUCUGUGCACAUCCAUGGCUGUGGCAGCUUCCUUCAUGGGGAGCGUCGUGCAGGCUUCCCUCAGCAUCCACGGCAUGUGUGGAGGACCCAUGCUGGGCUUGUUCUCCUUGGGACUCCUGUUUCCUUUUGUGAACUGGAAGGGUGCUCUAGGCGGCCUCCUUACUGGCAUCACGGUGUCAGCCUGGGUGACCAUCGGGGCCUUCGUGUACCCUGCACCAGAGUCUAAGACUCGGCCGCUGCCUUUAUCAAUGGAGAAGUGUGUGCCAACAAACCUGACCACCUCAGCGCCCUCUGUCUUGCCCAACAGACCUGAACUGGCAGACACCUGGUACUCACUCUCCUACCUGUACUACAGUGCAGUGGGCUGCAUCACAUGCAUCCUUGCUGGACUACUCAUCAGCCUUGUGACAGGUCUCCAGCGGGGAGAGGCUGUCAACCCACUCCUAAUCCGACCAGUUAGCAAUUUAUUUUGCUUUUGGUCUGAGAAAUACAAAACUCUGUGCUGGUGUGGAGUGCGACACGACCAAGGGCCCCAGCAGGAUAACCUUGAGAGCAGCAGUGACUGGAAACUCCCAGCUGAAUCUGUGCUCCAGAAUGGAUUCAGAAGAGAAAGCCUGGCCCAUGCACCAGGCUACAACCCUAAAGACAAAAGCUACGAGAACACGGCACUGGAGAAGACUACUCAGUUCUAGGAAGAGGUGCACAUGUGUGCACACAUGCUCCAUAUACUUCCUGCCUGUCAGUAGCCUUGUGUAUUGGCCGGGGUUAGAAGAUGAGGAUGUUCAGUAACUAUUUAUAUACUUAUUUAUACAAAUAAAAUGACUCUUUCCUGAGAUAGUCUUUGGAAAGCCCCACACCACAGGUGAAAAAUCAGCCAAUUAUCAGGGGCCUGAUGAUUUGCUUCUUGAAUAAAUCAGGACUGAAUUGAAUCUCA